AUGUCAACGACGACAGUAGCCGAUGGGGAAUAUAUUCAGGCGAUAGAGAAUGUUCAGAGGCUGGCGAUUCAUCAAACCGUGUGCGAUGAACUGCUUCAAAUCAUCUUACGCAACCGGGAGAAACGUGAAAGUGACACAGAAUGGCUCAGAACCAUUGCAGAAUAUUUCGAGUCACUCAAACUCUGGGCGAAUUUUGAUCAAGUAGAACUCCUUAUGCAGUGCGAAGCAAUUCCCGACACUCUAGCACUUCUUCAGCAACGGAUGUCCGAGUUCGAUGUCGCGAUUCCCGAGGAUUACCACAAGAGAGCCCGUCAGAGCUGCAAAUCAUCCACACCCUUCGCCGUUCUCGCCGUACUCCGCUGUCCAGACGGGCUCGAGCGUCUGGAGUGUCUUCCGUCGACUUCGCUACACAAGGCUAUGGCUCUUCUCCAAAAUGCACUUGAUUGUCUCUCUCCGGCUUCCGACGAGUAUGGCGAAAUCCGCACCGCGCUUAUGCACCUACAAGUGGUAGACUCUCAGGCAACCCUUGAGGCACCAGAUCUCACGGCUCAGAUAUCGGAUAUAAGUGAAGAGCCAUUUGCCAAAGGGGGCUUUAGUGACGUCUAUACCGGGGAGUGGCUUCGGCAGGAAAAGGUCGCACUCAAGAUCCUGCGCAUCUUAGGUGGAUCAGGAGCAACUAAGCGGCACAAGCUGUUCAGAAGAGAAGUCAAGCUGUGGCACGGACUACGGCAUCCCCAUUUACUUCAAUUCUGGGGUCUCUGCAACACCUCGCAAGGACUGGCAAUGGUCUCACCCUUUAUGCCCAAUGGGAAUGCAUCUGCCUUCCUUGCAGCGAACCCAGACGCAGGCGCACUCGAGCUUCUUGUCGGUGCUGCGUAUGGUCUCGAGUAUCUGCAUACACGUCAACCACCCAUUACCCAUGGUGACUUGCGAGGGGCAAACAUUCUAGUCUCUCGUACUGGUCAAGCUCAGCUGUCUGACUUUGGUUUAUCCAAAAUUAUGGAAGCUGCUUCCACCGACACUUCUGUUGGGAUGACUACAGCGAAUGCUGGUGCGACGAGAUGGAUGGCUCCAGAACUAUUUCAUUCGGAGCCAGUCGAGUACCCACCUAGCUGUGCCUCGCCUCAUCCGUCCACUGUCAGUCUGACGGGAGAGGAUGCGGGUGAUCGUCCAGGUACAACGGAGAAACCCAGAGCGUCCGAAGACAAAGAGAGAUGGGAAGGGGUUACUCCAAGGAGCGACGUGUGGGCUUAUGGAAUGACGGUGUACGAGCUCAUGACCGGUAAAGUUCCGUACUGGCGCGUCAAAACCAGCCCAACGGUGAUGCUUGCCAUUGUUCGUGGUGAGCUGCCAUCCAAGCCAAGAGCAUCAGACGUUCGCCAUGACUGGCAACCACAACUCUUAGAGUUAAUGCACGAAUGCUGGACCCAGCGCCCCAAUUUGCGACCCACAAUGACGGCCAUAUCGGAGACUAUGCGCUCUAUUCGAGAUGCCUCGCAGGCCCGGUCUCCUGUACCACAGAGCCUUCUCCUCGCUUUCGACACUCCUUUGUUACCACUUACACCGACGACGUGGCCGAAUGACGCUGACAAGGCUUCAAGUGAACCUCUUCUCAUCGACUCGCCCAUUACAGAGACUAGUCAUGAUAUCAAUUACGUUGUGGCCGAAAAGGAAGUUCACCCAGCUAUCGAGCUUUCUCUUCCCCUCUCUCGGGGCAAAUCAAACAAGCGCAAGUCUACCACCGAUUCGACCCUCGCGAAAGCUGAAAUUCACGACUCGGUGCCUGAACUUCCAGCUUCGCGACCCAAUGUACCACUGACGCGAGCCGAUUUGACGCGACCACGGUCAUCAUCGGCUCCUGUCGCAGUUCCAACCGAACUGUACCUGAAGGACCAGCCAUCACCUCCAAAAACUGGCAGCAUGACAAUGUUCAACUCUGAAAACUCGUCAAUGGUCAGUUUAGAUAGCAUGUUGAACCAGAACCGCCGGUCUCGACCCAUCACUCCUGCAACACCAGUUCCACCGGAUCCAGAUCCGCCUUCUACUCCAAGUUCCCCUGUCACAAGGCGUAGACAAAGAUUAUCUUCGCUUUCGUUCUGGAAGCGAAACAGUACAGAUAAGACGUCAACUGAAUCUACAUCUGGCACCGAAGGAUCAUUUGAUCCGAAAGCUGCUAUGUCCAUCCUACAAUCUUUAAUACAGGGCGAGGAAAGUAUGCUCAGAGACACUUAUGAUGCGGUUCUCAGCUCAAGAAUACGUAUGGCACACCCUUCGGUCAUCCCCGUCGAGCGAGUUGAUCACUUCCUCACUCGCGUUCUGGGAUCUUACAUCAAGCUUCGAGGUCAGCGAGGACAUUUCCUUCGGGAACUCAAGUCUGCUGAGCAGGAGAUUGCGUCCGACCUUGUUCCUACGGUCAUAUCCCUUCUUACCCGAACAAUCGACUGCUUCUGUAUGAUUUACCCAGACUAUGCAAAGGGUAUCUAUAAUGUGGAGGAUAUACUCACCGAAGAAAUGGAAAACAACUUCCCUUUCAGAGCCUGGAUGCAGCGCUCAGAGGACGACAUGCGUCUGAAACGCUUUCUUCGCAGUCCUUUGGCGUCGAUCGAAACUGUUUUUGUCCGGCUCUCGCAAUUGAUAGCCUUUGCAAAGCCAAAGGCGUCGGGCGCAGCCCUACUAGACCUCAAGCUGAGGGAAGAUGAACUCGUCGGAGUUCUCAUGAAGACCAGGCUCAGCAAAUGGCAAGGCGCGAUGGGUAGGGACGAAGUCGUAUAUAAUUGGCGACAAUUGGUCCUACGAACGAAUUCCCGGGCGUUUAUGGAGGAAAGUCGGCAGAGUGUCAUCUUCAAAUUCAUCGAGGCGCAAAUGACUUGCCUUCGCAUAGUGAAAGAUUUCCACUCGGGCGUGCUACGAAGAAUCGUCCAGUCCCCUGCACUCGUUCUGCCCGAUUUGGAAAAAGUAUAUGAUAGCAUGGCCAUUAUCAUAGAACACCAACAGCAGCUCAUGCAACACCUACAUGCACAUCAGCUUGAAAGCCAUCCUUUAUUGACCGAUGUACCCCAAGUCGUCUUCCAAACCAUUACAAGCUGGGGACAUGCCUACACGACCUACUCUUCGCAGCUGUGUGAUGCACUACGCGAGCUAGAAACUCACAGUGCAGAUAUAUUUCCCUUGGUUCAUGCAAUCUCGAGCCCAACAAUUAUGGACCAUGACAUUGCGUCUUUGCUUUGGGCUCCAAUCACGCACCUACGGAGACUCAGCAAAGCCUUGCACCUGUUGCUGAAUGUGACGCCAGAUGAUCAUGUGGAGCUCAAACCCAUUGUUGAGAGCAUUUCAACAAUCACCAAACUCGUAGAAGUCUGCGAUAACUUGUCUUCUGCCAGCGGAAGUAGUCCAGAAAUCAGACAGCUUGCUACUCAGCUCCAAUGGCAGGGAGUGGAAGAUCUGGUCGUGAGACUCGAUGAUCCCCACCGUCAGUUGAUUCACGAGGGAAAAGUUCUCAUUCCUAGUCAAGAGGAGAAGGGAUCUGGUUUUACCGAACUCUUUGCGAUCGUUCUUGAUAAUUUCUUCAUCCUCACAACGCCACAAAUGCGAUGGGGCUUAUCCUUCUUGCAAGUGGAAGAAGUCGUCGCUUUGGAGAACCUGUCCAUUUUGGAUCUAGACGAGUCGAGCUCUUAUCACGAUCUCUACCUUCUAGAUACACCACAAGGAGAAGUUAUUGCGGCCCCAUUAACCCUCCAAUUCGAAGAGACAAGUUCGGCGAAAACGCUGACUUUGCUUUGCCACACCACGCUGGAGGUGUUGGAAUGGAGGCGCCAUUUGACUGCCGCGAAAUUGACUCGUGAGAGCUCUGUAGAUGGGUUCCCGAAGACAGCGUUCGUUCAGCAUGCGCUGGUCGCGAGCGUCAGCUUCUCCCCAUCCUGUAGUGCUGAAUUCAGUUUGAAUGGGGUUAUUUACACUGUGGUGGGAGGUUCAAGAGUCAAUGGCUUAUGGAUACGAGCUGGGCAUGAAUCCAGCCUCCGCCAACUCCUUCAAGGUGUUAGCAUCCGGUACUGCACAGUGGUCCAUUCACUUCAAUUACUCUUGGUCCUAGUUGGAAAGGCACUUGUCUCCUAUCGGCUGGAAGAUAUCGCGGCAUUUAAAGUAUCGUCACGCCAAGUCGACACCAAAGGUUCAGUAAUCUUCUUCCGUUGUCGAUUGCACAAAGGACGUCCACUCCUUGUUGUUGCUGUCGGUCAUAACCAUAACACGUCAUCAAUAGUUCGCAUAUUUGACAGCGGUGUGGUGGGACUAGACAGCACGAGCAGACGAUCGUCGUUCUUUGGCGGCAAACAAACAUGGAGCAACAUGUUCAAGCAGGUGGCGGAGGUACCUGUUGCACAAAUCCUUCACGACUGCGCCAUCUUCGAUGACUGCAUUGUUCUCAUGGGGUCCGACGGCUUUGUUCAAGUGAAUUUGGAACGACCAGAUGAGCAUCGACAGCUUGCGUCAGGCUGGUCGAUGUCAGAUCCCACUGUUCUUCCGGUAUUCAAGGGUCUAGCGUCCAGUCAGACCUAUCAUCGCUGCCAAACAUCAAAGCCCAUCAAUAUCAUCCGACACAACAACAUAACCUUGCUAUGCUACUCAGAUUUCGGUGUAUUCCUCAAGGAUGGAGGUACAGUCCAGGGCGCAUGCAUUGAUUGGACCUCAAACAAGGUCACCCAAGCCUUUUAUCUUGCGCCAUACGUUCUGCUUGUCAGCAAAACAACUCUGGAGACCCGACUCGUGCAUAACGGGAAGCUCGUUGAUCGCUUCGAUGCCGAGGAACUUUACAUAACGCACGAGCCGGAGAUAUCUACUGGAUCGGAAUCAAGGUAUUUCCAUCUAGCUGCGAGAGGAGAAGCUGGCUCUCGACAGUUUGAUGUCGACGAAUUGGACACUUUCUCAGUACACCAGUGGUCUUUACAGCGAAUUUGA